AUGUCACAAAUUCUCUUCCUUUUUUCCUUCUUCUAUAUUACACUAGGCGAUGUAACAAAGGUCAAGCUGAACUCCUCGUUUUCGGAUAACCUGCUGCAAAUCCCUUUCGUCAGUGAUUUGGAAUUCGAUUUGGAAGAGACCAACGGGGAGAAAAUACAUUCAGAAGCGACGAGAUUUCUGGCCCGCCGCACCGUGCAGCACGAAGAAUUCUUCGGAAGCCUGUUGCAAGAACGAGAGUCGAUUGUGGCAAGGAGAUUUACGAGACAUUCCGCUUUUGUUACCGAGUUUGUGAAGUUUCUAGUGUAAGUUUUUUGGGGGUUUCAAAAAAUUUGGAAAUUUCAAUUUUUUUUUUUUUUUUUUUUUUUUGUUUUUGAGGUGAAAACUAUGAUUAAUGGGUAAAAUACAGAUUGGAAUUACGUGUUGUUUAUUUAGUUAUUUAUUUUUGAGAUUUUUAUACAUGAUUUUUUCAAUUUUUUGCAAAAAAUUUUGAAAUUUCGAAAAAUUUUAAAAUCGUAUUUUAGGCUCAAAAACAUUGAUUCUGAUAUAAAAUACAAUUGAUGAAUACUUUUUUGCUCAUCUUUUACCUGUUUUUACCCCUUUUUCAUCAAAAAUCUCGAAAUUUCGAAAAAUUUUAAAAUCGUAUUUUAGACUCAAAAACAGUGAUGCUGGCUUAAAAUACGGUAAAAAAUGUUUUUUACUCCUCUUUUACCUAUUUUUACCUCUUUGUCAUCAAAAAUCUCGAAAUUUCGAAAAAUUUAAAAAUCGUAUUUUAGAAUCAAAAAUCAAUUUUCUAGCUAAAAUAAUCUCUGAAACUAAACAUGCUCGCCUACCGUAACGUUUUCAGCCUCUUUAUCGGCGUUGUCACCCUUUUCCUGAUCUUGAUUACGGUGUAUUAUCUACUGUACCCGUGUAUUCAUCACAACAAUGGUGGGCAGGGCGGGCUGAAAAAGUUCCUGAAGGAUUAUAAUAAACGUCAGACGCUGGUGCAUCAGGUCAAAAGGAUCCACAGAUUCGUGCAUAAAAGCAAUGAUGCGUUUUACUUGGACCCGAAGUUUGUUCAUUUACAAGUAAUCAAGAAGCUGGAGAAGGAUUUUUUGAAGCCGAGGAAGGUGUGUAGAAAUGUUGUUUUGCCGUUUUCAGGUCGAAAAUGUCGUUUUGCACAAUUUGAGAUCCAUUUUUGGGCUAAAAAUUCAAAUCAAGAAUUUCCCGCCAAUUUUUUGGCAUUCUGUUUUAAAUGAUUUUAUGACAGCCCGAGGGAUUUUUUUGUGGCGGAAAACUCAUUUUAGUUUACCUAAAAGUGAUUGCCAAUUUAAAAAUUCAAAUCUAGAUUUUCCCGCCAAAGAAAUUUUUCUUUGGCAUUCUGUUUCACAUGGUUUUAUGAUAGCCAAAGUCAUUUUUUGUCGCUGGAAACUUUUUUUUUGAGGCAGGAAACUCAUUCUAGUUUACCUGAAAGUCAUUGCUAAUCUAAAAAUUCAAAUCAAGAUUUUCCCGCCAAAGGAAUUUUUCUUUGGCAUUCUGUUUCACAUGGUUUUAUGAUAGCCCAAGUCCUUUUUUGUCGCUGGAAACUCUUUUUUGUGUCCGAAAACUCAUUUUUAUGUGCAUAACAGUCACUGCCAACUUAAAAAUUCAAAUCAAGAAAUUUCCCGCCAAAAUAAUUUUUCCUUGGCAUUCCGUUGCAACCUCUAAAUUUGACUGCAACUUUUCAGGUAUGCAAAAAAUUGCCUCGAAGGCAUAUUCCAACCUCUAAGCCAUGUCCGGAUCGAAUUGUUAAGCCAGAUAAAAAUCAUGGUAUACAUGGAACCCAAUCUUCAAGUGCGCAAAAGACACAAAGCAGUGGAAACAGACUAUUUCCUUGCUCAGAGGUAGGUUGAAAAUUGAAUUUGACGUUAUAUAGAUGAUUGUAUUUUAUUUUUUAUUUAAUUUUUUUUACUGUUUCGAAUUUUUCAGGCAUCUCUUCUACUGCCACCAGUUUCAGUUCCAACGAACACUGAAAUGUCAACAAUGUCGACUCAAAAAUCGAAGAAUAAGAGAAAAACCAAGAGGGGUACUGAAAGAAAGAAGAAGGGUUCGAACAGAGAGGAGAAAACUCAGGAGUCGGAGAAAAUUUCAUGGCCGAAGGAGAUCCGUUACGCAGAACUCUCACCAAGUACCAAGUCCGCUGUGGAGCCGGAGAGAAUCCACUCAAGACCUGAUGCAAAAUCCCCAUCAGCCUAUUAG